AGGAUCUAUCGGAUGUCUCCAGCGGAGCUUGAUGAGCUUCGCCGGCAACUCAAGGAACUCAUAGAGAAGGGUUGGAUCCGGCCUACUGUUUCCCUUUAUGGAUCUCCUUUCCUAUUUGUACCAAAGAAGGGGGGGAACCAUGAGGAUGUGCAUUGACUAUAGGGGCCUCAAUGCCAUCACAGUGAAGAACACAGAGCCCCUACCGCGCAUCAAUGACUUGUUGGACAGAGUCCAAGGGUGCCGGUACUUCAGUAAGAUAGAUCUGAAGUCCGGGUACCAUCAGAUUGCAAUCCAGCCCCAGGAUCAACAUAAAACCGCUUUUCAGACCAGGUACGGUCUGUACGAGUUUGUGAUGAUGCCUUUCGGCCUUUGCAAUGCUCCUGGCACCUUUCAGCACGCCAUGAACUGGAUUAUUCAUGACUACCUGGACAAGUUUGUCAUCGUGUACCUCGAUGGCAUUCUUAUCUUUAGUAGGACUGUCGAGGAGUAUGUUGGCCAUCUAGACAAAGUCCUUAGUCUCCUUCAGCAGCACCAGUUCAAGAUUAACCGGAAGAAGUGCGAGUUUGGCUGCACCCGGAUCUUAUACCUGGGUCAUGAGAUUUUCGUGGAGGGAUUGAAGCCCGAUGACGCGAAGGUGGCCAGCAUUCGUGAGGGGCCGUGUCCUCAGUCUGUGACUGAGAUGAGGUCCUUCUUAGGGAUGACCGACUACUACCGUAACUUCGUAAAGAACUAUAGCAUAGUGGCCGUCCCUUUGACGGACCUGACACGCCUUGACACCCGGUGGGAGUGGACAGACAGCUGCAAAACAGGGGACACAGCUGUAGAUGACUUCUGGGAACCACCCAGAGGCAAACGGGCAAGCAGAGCAGUUGAAUCACGCUAAAACACUUUUCUGUACACUAGAGAUGGCACUCUUCGAAAGCAAAUCAUUGGUAUUCCAAUGGGAACAAAUGCUGGCCCAGAAAUCUCCAAUCUAACGCUCUAUUGGGAUGAAGCACGCUUUAUUGAUGAUAUUCGUCAACUUGAUCCCCAAACUGCUCAGCGAUACGCCUUCACUUACCGCCUCAUUGAUGAUGUUCUUUCAUGGGGGCAAUUACCUCCUCCUUCAGAGCACUAUGGGCUCGAGUGGAAGGAAACUACGGCCACAGAUGGAUCGUGUACCUUUGUAGGUAUGCAUCUACAGGUGAGAUUUGCACCCUCUGCAGGACAAGAGUCCUACGUGCAAAAAUUUCAGUUCAAAGUGCUUCAGAAUGGGAAAGGUUUCACACUGUCCUGCAGAGGUUCUGGAUAUACUCCACUCAUUCUGUUCCAACCGCCUUCUCUGACGUUGGGACCAAUCCUUCCCCGAGCAAAAGAAGCUGCUGAGGCAGCUGUGGUCUUGGUGAAUCACUCUGAUGAGCCUGUGGAAGUUUACUCUCUUGACUAUGACAUGAGGUACCUCUUUGAAGAGGAGGUGCUGCGACAUGCGGAGGGUUACUGCUUGGCGGAUGUAUGGAGAGUGCAUCCUGACCUGUCACACUUCCUACGAGUAGGAGCAGCAGCAGCAGAAAACGCUCCUGGCAACAUGAAGAACUCCGUUUCUGGCGACGGGCUGAAGAACUCUGGCGGGGAUGCGAGUGCAGCCAAUAAGAGUGAUGGUGAUGGAAAUGAAGCACCAGAGGACCAGUGUCAGGACUUCUUGUUACUGCCAGAGAGAGGAGCUGGAAUGCCUCUCUGGCCGCACUUGGUUGAAGCAGACAGGAGGAGAAGGAUAGCCGCUGGAGAAAUAAUUGAAUCAACCGCUUCGAAAGCUGCUGAGAACACUCGAAGAGUCCAGGAUGGUGGAGCUGCUGGAAACAAGAAAAGAGGUGUACGUGGAAGACAUACACCUGCUGGUUCAAGAAAUGCGAGUGGUGGUAGCAGCCCACGUCUUCAGUAUCUCUCUGAUGGGACCCUUUCAGGCGGUUCACUAGAUGGAAGUGGAGCUGAGAAGAAAGGAUCCAACCUUUCAGGUCUGAAGAAGAAGGAGGACCGGGCGACUUCCGACAAUGAGAAGACAGAUGAUGGUGUAGUAGAUGGUCAAACCAUAGCCAAAGAUGAUAUAGACAAGAGCAUCAAUAUUAUCUUUUAUGGUCCACCAUCAGUUGGAAAAGCUACCGAGGCAGAGGCACUAGCAAGGCAAUGUCAUGUUCCAGUGAUCGACGUCCAUGAGAUUGUGGCAAAGGAAUGUGAGAAGAAAAUGGCAUCGAAAAGAGCCAAACUUGAAGGACAAGGAGCUGAAACCUUGGACUCAGAGAAAGCUGCACCCCGCCAAAAGCGACAAACCCCAUCAGUAAAGAAGCGGGCAGACGGUGCGAAGCAAGAAGGGGGCACACAAGGUAAUGCAGAAGCUACUGCCGGUGCUGGAGCUGGACGGCUGAAGGCAACUGAUGAGGAGGUAUGCCAGUGGCUGAAAGGAAGAUUUGGUCAAGAAGAUUGUGCUGGUGGCAUGAUUGUGACAAUCUCCCCCAAUUCCUUAGAUGUGGAGCCAUUGACAAUGAUGAGAGGUCUACUGACAGCAUUGGCUCUUGAGCUCAAGGAGCGACCAAUCCAUGAUGGGCAUGAAGCCCUGGAGGGACUAGGUGGUAAUGGAAACUUAGCUGAAGGGGAGAAGUCCAUUCGUGGAAUGCUUGGAAGUUGGCAGGGCAAAAAAAAGGUUCACGUGGUUGUCAUGGAAAUGGACAGAGAUGCAUUAACCGAGCACCUUUCCGUGUUAGCCUCUGCAGCGUCUCAUGAGUCACAGCCGGCGACAGUCUUUGGUUCCGAUUCACAAAAUGAAGUUGGGGCCACGCUGUUGUCAAAGAGUGAAGGCUUGGAUCGUGCACAAAAGGAUGUGAUGACAAAGGAAAGGGAUGGCAAGACCCCUGGAGAAGAGGCUCCCCUCCCGGAUGUCAAGGGGUCAAAGCCUAUGCCAGCUCAAGCUGCUUCUGAAGUGGAUGGAAAUUUGAGAUCACAGCAGCAACAAGCCGAUGGCACAAGACGGUUAAGCAGCAGUCAUCCUGCCCAAGGGCAUGCAGCCAAACCCGAUGGAACAGCUGGUGAUCAAACAACAGAUGGCCGACCAAAUCAACCCUUUCCAGCACCUGCUACCACAAUAACAGAGAAAAGGGGGAGCAAAGAUGGAGGAGAAGUCCCAUUGCAAUCACCUGCUCCCGUCCUGAACCCUCAACUCACAGGGUUGGUUAACCAGUACUUUGAAUCCCUGCCUACUGUGAUGGCCUUCCUCUCUGGCAUCCGGUUGGCAGUGCCUGGGACAGAAGAAGAUGCUGCGGCGUCGAAGAAGCAACAACAGGGAACAAAAGGUACAAAAUCAGGUGGGAAGAAGGGUUUGAGCUUGCCAUUGCUGGGUGCAGGUUCGCCAGGGGAGAUCGCGGCAGCCAUGGCACUGUGCAAGACCUUGAAGCCAGAUACCGAUUCCAAGCUAUUCAUUCAAAUGAUAGAUGCCCGUCGAAGUCCAGAAGAGGUGCUCACUGAAAUUCUCAACGUACUUCCUGAGCUGAAAACAGCAGAGGAGAAGGCCAAGGAAAUCCCUCAACCGUUUGUGUUGCAGAUCGUUCAGCGACCGGCAGCGCCCAUCGCAAGAAUGUCAAUAAAUCGAUUUGCAUUGCUUACAGAAAUGCCGCCUCCGCCCGAUCCUCCCCCGGAAGCUCAGGGUUCCGCAGAUCCAGCUCUUACACAAAGAUCCAAAGCAGGCGGUGAAACAACGGCCAGAUCAAAAAGCAGAGGCGGGAGGACCCCCAGAACUCCAGGUGGUGGCAAGGCACCUGGUUCCCGACCCGGGUCCAAAACACCCAAGUCGAAAAGACCCGAUGACAGUCUGACAAUGCAGCUUGUAGAGGAUGCACACAGGCUCAAAUUUGGGAAAGCCAACUAUGCAAAACAAACUCGGUGGGUGAUCCCAGCGAAAGGCUCAGUCAAUCUUCUGGUCCAGUUCUGGGCCGACGACAUAGGGAAGUUCAGUCAGACACUUGAGUUCCAGGUUGUCGGCUCUGGCAGUUUUGUACUUAGGUUGCCAUGCACUGGUGCUUGUGCAUAUCCAGAGAUCAGCCAAGAUCCUCAGGUUGUUUUCCGCCGCCGAAUCAAGUCUCGACAGCCGGCUGCAGGAAGAGGAGAUGGGUCAGCUAACACAUUAGCCUUGCCCCCCCCGCCCCCACCAGUUUCGAAGGCAUUCAUACUAUCCGAGGAACUUUAUGAAUUUGGACCUCUUCUGACGGGAAAGGACAGCAUAGGAUGGAAAGAAGGCGUUGUUUCGGGAGCAAUGGUGCACCCUGAAAACAUGGAAAAGCUCCGAAUCUGCAAUACCGGGAUAUUCGAUGCACAUAUUGAGUUCCAAAUUGUCAUGAAGCGCCCUUUGACAGCACCAAGCACGGGGCGAAAGAGCCGAGGAGAGAAAAGGGGUGAGGGGAAAGGAGGACCAGGAUCAUUCUCCAGCAAGGACGAUAAAAAAUCAAGUGACAAGGAGGCAGGCGGAAGAGGGUCUCCUAGGCCCGAUAAAAGAAAGGAAGGCAACAAAGGCAACAAAAAAUCUGACAAGAAAACGGACAAGAAGGGCCAAGGAAAAGGCCAGGGAGAUCCAGUGUUCGUCCUGCACCCGGAAUCUAUGGACCUGAAGAUUGGUGAAACGAAGGAGCUUAUAGUCUUUGCGUUUCCAAUGGCGGAUGACACCUUUGGUGCGUCCAUAGUCUGCAAGAUUGCAGACAAUCCGGAUGUUGUCCUGUUCAAACUUUCAUGCACAGGGUCGGUGCCAGAGGUUCAGGUUGAUCCAAUGGAAAUCAGUUUCGCGCGACAGUUAAUUGACCGCCGCAGUACAAAGUCCUUCACAAUAAGAAACAUUUCUCUGUUACCUGUAAGAUGGCGUAUAGUUGGACUCGACAGCCUGCCUCCCAGCCUUUUGUUGUCGGAUGCUCAAGGCAAGCUAGAGUUUGGCUCUGAAGUCUCCGUAUCGGUUCAUUUUCAUGCUCAACAACCAGCCGUUAUAAAUAGCACCUUGGCACUGGAGGUUACUGAUGUCCAAGAGCUGCUUCCCACUGCACAAGAGGAAAAGCUGAAGAUCACUGGAGAAGCUUACCAAAUCAGCACAGACAUAAAGUUCCCCAGCUCAUCGGACGAACUGCCACCCAUUGGAGGCCUUAACUUUGGGAUUGUCAAAGUUUCUUCGGAUGUUCUGAAGACUUUCUCUAUCACCAAUGGAGGAAAGUACCCCGUCGCCUUCAAAAUAUCAUUUAAUAUGCGGCCUCCCACGGUGAAAGAACUGUUCCUUGUAAGCCCUGUUGAGGGAACCAUCCAGCCAAGUGGGGCCCAGCAAGUGGUGACCGUUCACUUCAACAAGAAACACGAACUUAAGCAAGAGGUGGCUCUCAGAAAUAAUCGUGAUAUGCUCCUCAGCAUCGUCGAGCCAGAGACUGGGAUAACAGAGAAGCAAUAUCCGGUGCCACUGGAGGUUCACGCAGUUUAUGGCAGUUAUUCAAUUGUCCCAGCUCAUGGACUCAAUUUUGGACCUGUGGUUUAUAACAUACUGCCCAAGCCAAGGACAUUCGAGGUGUCGAACACAGGGCCAUUUUCCUUCACUUUCAAAAUCAUAGCUCUCCCAGAUCCAGAAGGCAAGCGAUCGAGGGCUAAUCAGGGGGGGGAUGCGCGACUCGCAGGUUGGCUACUUGAAGGCUCGCCAGCUCCAUCAAGGACUGGUUCACCCCGAAAAGGAGCACGCUCUGGUAGCCCUCUUCCCACAGGGCAAAGAGAGCGAGGCGGUGCUAAAGGUGGAGAGGCGAGUAAAGGAAUGACAGGAAGAGGAGGUACCGUAAGGUCAACAUCUGCUGAUCAGCCGAUGCUUGAGGUCGGCAAUUUCUACCUUGGCCCGAGUACAGGGCAGAUUCCAGCAGGGGGCUGCGAGAAGAUAACAGUGUCAUUUCGCCCCGAGAAUGCUGGGAGUUACUCUGAGCGUGUUGGGAUUGAAAUCAGUGAUCAGGAUCCCAACAUGAGCCCUAGUGGUGUUCCAUAUGAAAUAUCGGGGGAGGCCUGCAUUCCAGGCAUUGACACGGAAGACCUUGAAGGCAUCUUUGAGGAGCAUGUGGUGGUCCCCAUGCUGGAUCAGGUCUCAGCAAAACAACUGAUCCAGCCAGUCUUUGCAAAGCAAGAGAGGGUGUUCUACUUUGGGUCUGUGAUUGCAGACAUUUCCAAGCCGGCAGCACCCAUACCCACAUUAGGUGGAGGAGGUAGGAGCACACCGAGAGGCCAGCCAGCAGACGCAGGUGCCAAGAAGAAAGGUGCAGUGGCAGCAGCGCUUCCUCCGCUGCCUGUUCCUGUGCAACUAACAGAUCCUGGGCCGGUUGACCUGGAUCGGCCUGGAGUGCGGGCAAAUCUCAGAAUCAGCAACCCCUACAGGGUGGCAUGCACUGUGCUUUUCUCAAUCAAGCCAAAUCGACAGCAGGUUGGUGAUCGUGAUCGUGGACCAACCACUGACAGCACAGGGAAGGGAAAGGGUACCGCAGCAGGUGGGGGUGGGGGCGUCGGCGAGGCAGUCACCCUUCCUGAUUCCUCACCGUUGGUAAUGGAUGUGUACCCACGGAAGCUUGACAUUCCUCCUCACGAGAGGCGCUAUGUGACAUGCCUGUUCUCCCCGACCGCCAUUCAGAGCUAUUCUGCAAUAUUGGAGGCUGUGGUUGAGGGCGGAGUUGACCCACGGACUAGCAACUUCACGUGUGAACUUCGUGGAGAGGGCACACUGCCUCAUGUGUCGAUAGAGUUGCUCCCACAAUCAUCAUCCUUUGUCCCUGGCACAGGACAAAGGUGGCUUAAGUUCCGCAGGAUGCUUGUGGGCCGAACACGAUCUCACGACGUUAUCCUACGGAAUGAUGGAAUUACUCCCGCCGUCGCCACCCUCAAACUGCUUCAACCAAUAACUCCUGCCUUCGAGGUAGAGGGUAUAAACACAACACGGAGCGGUGGAGCAACAGUGGCCCUACAGAGUCAGGCAACUCAUAAGCUGAAGGUCAAUUUCUCUCCCAAGGAAGCCGGUGAAUAUCGUCAGGAGCUCUCCCUCAGUGUGAAGCAAAACGAGUUUGAUACUCACACUCUCCUUAUCUCAGGGGAAUCCUAUGUAGGCGAUGUUGUCUUCAUGGGCUUACCAGGUGACCACGAAGAGGAGCUGCACUUCGAAGAUGGACCUAUCAAUGUGCCUCGCACUAUUGCCUUUACCAUGACUAAUCAAUCCACCACGCAGCACUGGAGGUUCGAGUGGCCAACAGAUCUGCCCAAUCUGCAAUUCUCGCCAUCCGUUGGUCACCUUCAUGCAGGGGCAAGCAAGGAUGUUCUUGUCACGUUUUCUCCAACUGAGAAAGUCUCGCUUGAAGGACUAGAUGCAGGGCUUACGAUCCAGUCAAUAACGUAUGUGAACGGCAAUGGUGAGCCUGUUCCUCCUGUCGACUGGGAUGAUCGUAUGCGGACAUUCAAAUACAUAACUGAAGAAGAGCAUCAGGAGAAACUGCUGCAGCAAAGGAAAACAACCCCACGAGCAGCAGCGAAGAGGGGUAGCGGUGGGACAUCCACAGGAAAACGGGGAGAGAAGAAGACGGGAAAGACUCCUACUUCACAGUCCCCUGCAAGGACUCCCAGACGUUCUGCUCGGCAAUCUCCUGCGCGGACUCCCAGACGUUCUGCUCGGCAAUCUCCUGCACGGUCCCCAGUUCCCGCUCCAGACUCAAAGGUUGAGGUUGUCGAGGUGGAUGGCAAGCGGAUGGUGAAGGUGGAUGUUGUUGAUCCUGAGCCUGUUCACUUGCCUGUGGAAGGUAGCGCAUUCAACAAGGUUGUUCCGUUCAAGGUCAGUGCCGUAGCAGAUAAUUCCCAUUAUGAAUGUGAUAUGCGUCCAAUCAAGUUCCGCCCAACGAUGAUGCUGCAGGCGAGGGUGCACAAGCUGGCACUGAAGAAUGUUGGGAAAGCUAAGUUGCAGUACGCAUGGAGCAUUAAAACAGUUGACGGAAAGCAACCUCCGGCAGCAGGAGAGGUGGACGGGAGAAGCAAAGAGCCAUUUUCAGUCUCUCCUGAGAGUGGUGUUGUAAGCAUGGGAGAAACAGCCCUCGUCAGCAUACGCUUUGCACCAGUAGAGGUGGAAAACUUCUCUCGCCUCCUUGUUUGCGAAAUACCUUUUCUUGCUGAAGGUAUGCCAACCCUCCAGAUCCCUCUCACUGGGAAGGUGACACGACCAUGGUGCCACUUUGACAUUCCGGAGAGUGAUUAUGUAGCUUCCGGCCGCCGCAAGCCAGACCUACCGGGACCAGGGGGAGCUCUAGGGGUCCUGGAUCCUCUCACCCGGGUCCUCGAGUUUGAACCGUUAGCAACUCGUACACGGUUUGUCAAACGCUUCAAUGCCCUCAACACCACUAGCAUCACAUAUGACUUCCAGUGGACACCCCUAUCUACAGCAAAGGCCGCUUUCCCGAUGGAGGGGGUUGGAGAGAGUCCUGUGGCAUCCCCGUCGCUGCCUCUUGGUCGUCGUCAGUUGGAUACUGGUUCUAAUUCAGACCGUCAGCCGGCCUCUUCCACACAGCACAACUUGCCGUCGCCAUUGGCAGACCAGCGGGAUGGGGGAAAGCUGGGUGGUGCUUUACGGGAGAUAGUCCCACUUCCACCCCCUGCAUUCACUUGCAUGACAAACCGUGGAGUGAUUGCUAGCGGGAAGAAAGUGGAGAUGUCAUUUGAGUUUAAGCCUGAGCAGAAUGGCACACAUGAGAGCCUCUGGGUGUUCCAGAUUCCCAAACAUGGUGUGGCUGUUCCCUUCAUGCUAGUAGGUCGUGCGCUGGAGCCCAAAAUCAUGUUUGACAGGGUGCGUGUGAACUUUGACAAAGUGCUGGUAGGGGCCCGUGCACGGCAAGCUGUUACACUGAUCAAUGAGGAGAACGCUGCUUUUGAUUUCUAUUUUGACAAAUUAACAUCUGAGAACCAGGGCCUAGAGCGACAGGGUUUGCCAGCAGCAGCAGCAGGAUUAGGAGGAGAAGGAAGUGUACUGCGGUUUACGGAGCAUGAGAGGGAGUCAAGAUCACAGUUACUAGCAUUCGUCCCUUACAGUGGAACCUUGGCACCAAAGAGUCGGAUGCAAAUCGAGGUUGUCUUCUGCCCUUCUGUCGAGAAAUGCUACAACUUUAAUUCUGUUUGCCAUGUGAAAAGGAAAACCCAAAAGCUCACGCUCAACAUCAAAGGAGACGGAUAUGCCAUCCGGGAGGCCCUACAGCUGGAGAGGUCGCUAGCUCCCAAAGGGGAGGGUGAGGUGGUCCCUAGUGAGGGUCAGCGCGCAUUGGAGCUUUCCGCAGACUCACCGAAUCACAUUGACUUUGGCCGUGUGCUCAUCAAUGAACACGGUACCAGAAGAAUUAUUAUGACAAAUGUGGGUAAUUUUGCGUACGACUUUGUCUGGAGCUGCCACAGCACCGGACCCAGGGCUGGGAGGGGGGCUCUCCACGACACCUCAAGUGAUCUUUUGGCUAUCGAACCAGCAGCAGGAACUGUAGCAAAGGGAGCGCGUGUUGUGUGCCAGUUGACUUUCUCUCCCAUUCGGGAGGAGAGCAUUGUUGAUCACGAAGUCACUUGCUCAAUCAUCAAUGGGAAUCGCUACCUCCUCCUGGUGUCAGGUACAGGGCAUCGCCCUCGCGUGCGCUUCAGCUUUAACUCCUACGACUUUGGGCCUUGCUUUGUCCAAGCCUCUGGGCUUCUUUCUGCUUCCACAGGGAAAAAGACAUCGCUGCUUAUCUCGAACGAUGACACGAUAGACCUUUCCAUCGACAGUUUCUACGAAAACACACCAUACCUGGAGGUUACCACUAACCCCACUGUGCUCAUGCCAGGUGAGAGCCGAUACGUCCCAAUCGUGUUCAAACCUGUACAGCCCAUCACAUACCGGGAAACAAUAAGGUUCCAGGUGAAUGGCCUGUUUAUUGUUCCCGUAACUGUGGUGGGAGAGGGGGUCCUGUUGCACCUAGAGUUGGUUGACCAGAGGCAGAGACAGGUCAACUUCGGAUCCAUGCGCCUAGGCCAGGAGGCAGUCCGCACAAUUCAGGUACAAAAUCGCAGCAAACUGGGUGUCCACGUCAACUACGAAAAGGCUUUGCGCAAUCUGGACAAAUACGGUGUCCUCUGCAUGCCUGCGGGCCAACUGUUCUUACGUUCACGAGACAUUGGUUCACUUGAUCUCCGCUUUGUUCCAACUGCUCGCACUAGUCCGUUCACUCUCGACUUCCAGGUGGACAUAGAUGGAUUGGAGCUUACACUAUUCACUAUAGCUGGUGCAUGCCUUGGCUUGGAAGUCAAGCUCAGCACUGAAAACAUAGCCUUUGGCACAGUGGUACUGGGGUCCCGGGUUACAAAGUCGCUGCAGAUCGAGAACACCGGGGACAUUGGAACCAGCUUCGUGUGGGACAAAACCUAUCUGAACUCCAGUUUCGAAGUAAUCCCAAUGACGGGCUUUUUACCCCCGAGCAAGGAUCUCAGAGUGGAUGUGGUUUUCCACCCAAAAAAUCUGGGUCAUGAGCUUCGUGUCAUCCGUAUGCCAUGUCGUGUGGAUGGUGGGGAGACUCUGUACCUCAAUCUGACAGGUUCUUGUGGCACUCCAUCGCUACAGCCAGAAACCAUCACUUUCCGCACACCUGUACGAAUCUCAACCCAACGGUCUAUAAAGCUUUCAAAUCCCUCCGAGACAGACUGGCACAUUCACCCUACAAUCGACAGCAGCUGCUGGAGUGGGCCAGACACUUUGGUGAUUCGAGCAGGUCAAUCUGUAGAAUACCCCAUGAACUUCUUACCCCUUUCAACGGGAAAGUGCACAGUGGUCGGAACAGAUGAAGGUAGUGAGAAGGGUGCCAGUGACAAGAUACCAGCGUCAGGAAGGAAGACUCCACGGACACCAAAAGCACACACACCAAGGGCGAGGACCCCAAGAGGUGCCAAGCAAGGGCCUGGAUCAAAGAGGGCCACGGAGGAUGGUGCUGGUGCCGCGGGAAAACAUGAGGGAACUGUCUUCUUUCCCCUUCCAGAUGGUUCGGGACUUCUCUACAAGCUUGAGGGAUAUGUGGACCACCCUGUUCCGUCAGGAGAGAUCCACACCGACACAAAGGCGAAGACCAAAACCAAGGUCUCACUCAUGAUCGACAACUGGCUGCCACAGGCUCAGCGCUUUAAGGUGUCGAUCACAAUCACCAAAGCAGCAGACAUGGGAAUGACGUUAACUGGGCCUGAGAGCAUAGAUGUCCCAUCCCUCGGGUCCAGGGAAUAUAACAUGCGAUUCCACUCGUACAAACCAGGAAAUGCAUCUGCAGUGGUAAAAUUCUUGAAUGAAACGACAAGCGAGUACAUGCUCUACAACCUGACAUUCACAAUCAGUCCUUCAGAUACCAUCCAGACCAUAACCCUGGAGAGCUCGGUUCGGCAGCGCGUAAGCCGUGUUAUCACCCUACAGAAUCCUCUCAGCACACCAGUUAAGUUCUCAUCCCGCUGCGCUGACUCUCAGAUCUUUGUGCCUCCACAGAUUGAGGUUGCUCCAGGAUCGGAUAAACCCAUUGAAAUAGUGUUCAGACCAUCGGUGGCCAAAAUCUCAGAGGCAACUUUGGUCUUCGAAUCCGAGGAGUUGGGUUCGUUUGCAUAUGCUCUCCAGCUACGAGCCGUAACGACAGGGCCAGGUCCUGCCGUCAGAUUUUCUGUCCCACUGGGGAACCGUCAAGUGCAGGUGGUCCGCUUCAUGCACUAUUUGGCAGUAAGAUGUAGUUACACCUGUGAGAUUACCCGCAAAGCUGAGACCGGGUUUGAGUGUCCAGCAACUAUCUUGGCACCAAAACCUGCAAAUGCAGAUCAAGGCGUUGAACUUGAGAUUCAGGUCACCUUUGAGCCCUCCCGCGUCGGCAACAACUUCAUGGAUACCCUUCUCAUAAAGUCAGCCGACUCAGCGGACUGCAUAUUCCCCUUGGUUGGCCAAUGCGUACCGCCCAGUCCUCAAGGUCCAUACACCAUUCGUGGAAGCGGGAACAUUCCGUUCAAGAAUGUCUUCCCCAAGACUAUGGAAUACACAUACGUGGUGGACAAUCCUGCCUUCUCGGUAGCGAAGGGUGAUACUCUCCCACCCAAGCAGCACACCUCCAUUAAUGUCAAGUUCUCAGCAGUAGCUGACAAACCUCGAACAGGCAAACUGCUCAUCACGUGCUCUGAGUCCCAAGUACCUUGGAUUUUCUAUGUGCAGGGGACUACGUAGAUGUUCAGCCAGUUUCUUGGGGCGAUUCACUCAGACGAUCUUAAAUGCAACGAAGUUGCCUCCACCAACUAUUCCUUUUUUCCAUGUGCCGGCAUGAAGUGCGGCUAUUUUUGCUAGUUAUCUUCGAAAUUCACAGAUUUCUUAACCUUGGUUACACUUGUAAGUCAGCUUUCAGUUAGUACCUGUUCGUUGUACUGUUAAUCCAAAACCAGAAGUUCAUCUGAUAGGGUAGCUUGGACAGCGAGAUUGCAUCAAACUC